CUUUUAAAACUUCGAAUAAGGAAAUAGAUUUCCAAAAACUUUUUUUUGUUUUUAAAAAAAUUUAAUUUAUUGUUUCAGAAAGUUUACUUUGCCAUCACCGUUAUUUUAACCAUAAUUAUCACUCUGUCCUUUGUACCCGGAUUCUAAACCCGGAAGCGUGAGUUUACAUUGUUGCUCCUAAUCUGAUAAGCUUGAAAGAUAUUCCCCCUGACCUGCGGACUUCUGUUUAUUCGUCGUUUUUUCAAGGAACGUAAUGGAUCUGCAGGAAUACUUCAGAAGGAUCGGGUUCAGCGGGGUGUACGAGAAACCGGACCUGGCCACGCUCCGCACCGUCCACAGGCUGCACGUGAUGAGCGUCCCCUUCGAGAACCUCAGCAUCCACUGUGGAGAGAGGAACACCAUGGACCUGCAGAUCGUCUAUGAGAAGAUUGUGAGAAACCGUCGUGGAGGAUGGUGCUCUGAAAACAACCUGCUCUUCUCCUGGGUGCUCAGAGAGAUGGGCUACAAAUACACCACGCUGGGGUGUAAAGUCUUCAACACUCUCAAAAACGACUUUAACCCUUUGGAUUCCCACCUCAUUAACUUGGUGGAGAUCGAAGGCAUGCCGUAUAUUGCUGACGUGAGUUUUGGAGUGUCGUGCCAGAUCUGGUAUCCGUUAGAAAUGAUCCCAGGGAAAGAUCAAGAGCAGCCGCCCGGGAUCUUCCGCCUGCUGAACGACGGUGAGACUUGGAGGCUGGAGAAGACUGGAAGGACACCUCUGAUCCAGAACAAAGCCUUCGCCAGUUCCAGCCUCGUGGACAAGCGCCUGACGAAAACGAUAUACUCAUUCGUGUUAACACCACGCGGGAUUGAUCAUUUUCUGACCACAACUGAGUAUCUGCAGACCAGCCCCGAGUCUCUCUUCACCCAGAAAUCUAUUUGUUCUCUCCAGACCCCCACUGGAUUCAGAGCUCUGAUUGGUUGGACCUACAGUGAAGUCAGUUUUAAGCCUGAGGAAGACAGGGACAUCAUCGAGAUGAGAGAUGUAGCUGACAGUGAAAUAGAGACUAUACUCAAGGAAAAGUUUAAUAUUGUUUUAGUAAAUAAACUGACGCCAAUAAACAACAAAGCUUCAUAUAAAUUGUAGGACGUUUAUAUCACAUAUCUAAAGACCAUGGCUUAGACUUAUCAAUCCUUUUAAGUUUUAAACCCCUAAUAGGCAUUAUGAAUUUUCUACCAUCCCAGGCCUUGUGAUGUAGCUCAUUGAGGGAUGGAUGUCUGUAGGUGAUUUUUGGAUAGAGCAGCAGUAGAGAAUAAUCAGGCUAAAAUGUAAGAAGUAAUUAUGCUUUCAGCGAUAACAGAUCUGUACAAAAGAUCGUAAAAAUGUGUCUAAUCUAAACGUGACUCACAUUAAAAUCUUAACCCUUAAAAUCAAUCUCCAUAGAUAGAGCAAUAUCUGAAAUAUCACUUUGUAAGAAAAAAUAAUGAAACAUGACCUCUUAUGAAGGGAUAAUGACCCAUGUUCCACAUUUUCUAGUAAACAUAAGAGUGAUGUAAUAUUGCUCUUCCUGUCCAGUGCACUGGAUCCACAGGAAAUGUAUCAGGAAAAAAUAUCAAGGUGGCAUAGAUCUGAAAAAAGUUUGUUAUAGAACUCUAUGCAACACUCUUUGCUGUUCAGAGAGGAACAAGGACACAGGAUGCAGGCUUGGGAUCUUAUUGAUUACUCUUUAUUUGUGUAUUUCACUUUUCUUCUUCUUCAAAAGUGCUUUUCACCCCAGCUAUUAUUACUUCCGAGGGUUUCUAUCUCACAUAGACAUACAUAUACACACAGCUCAGCUCUCCUCAGUGCUCACUCAUCUCCUCUCUUAUCAUCUCACCAUCUGGUCUGGCUUCAUCCACUGGACUGGGUCAGGAUCUGGCGCUAGUUUUAUAGAGGGCUGGUGAUGUCAGACUAAUUAGGCACAAAUUGGCCAGUCAACCCCAGGAACUCCAUCACCUCCUUUUUGCUCUUGAGUCACAGGCUGGCCACAAUACCUAUGCCCGUAGGCUGAGGUCGAACCCCAGAUACCGUACUCUGACCAGUAUCUUUGGAAGCCCUGCUUGCCUCAAGGAUCUUGGGACUGUCUUGAUGCUGUUGCCAGUCAUUAGCAUAAACAACAAUGUCAUCCAAGCAGGCAGCGAGUGAGCAGAGGAUUCUUUCCACAAGUCCUUGAAAUGUUCUUGGAAGUCCAAACAAACCAAACAGAGUGCUGACGAAUUGGUGAAACCUAAACCGAAUGGAAAAGGCAGUUUUGUCUUUUGAGUCAAUCUGCUUUUGUUAAUUCCAGUAUUGUUUAAAAGCAAGCUGUGUUUAACCGAUCAAGCAGGUUGUCAGAAUGUGGCAUCAACUUUAGACACUGCGUUCCACACAGAACCAGAUUUGGGGACCAGGAUGUUGGAGGUGGAUUGGUCAUUCUCGGUGUCCCAGUGUGGUGCUCUCUGAAAUUAGUUCAACAAGGUAGAGGUGAAAAUACAUCCAUUUGCACCAUGGUAGCCUCUGUCCUUUGGAAUAGCCAGAGUUCAUUUCCACUGCAGACCAGGAUGGAUUGGGCAACAAAUUCUAGAUUCAGCUCCUGUCCCAGCUCCUCCCUCUUGGAAAAAACACUAUCACCAUGAUGGUAGGAGUAGCAGCCAGAUCAUCACCUGGGUCUCUGGUCAUUCUCACACUGCCGCCACAAGCUAAACAAGCUCAUCAAAGGCUUGCGGAUCAUUUUAAUGAUGGCUCUGGCGGAUCCUGGCAAGGGUCACGAUGACAUUGGCAAGGUGCAAGAACUCCAUAAACUGCAUAUCUUCCCAAACUUGGAUGGGAAUAAGGGCAUGGGAGGAUCUUACGAAUUGUCAUUCUCUCUAGUUCUUUCACUUCUCUUUUACUUCAUGAAUGCUUUUUAGCACCACUGAAUACUUGAAUCUCAUACUACACGUCACAUCACCUACAGCCAAGAUCUCCAACUCCCAGCAGGCACCACGGCCUACAAACAUUGCUGCCAAGGACUACAUUCACCACAAACUCUCACAUUCACAGUCACCCAGCUACUGAGUGUUCAAUCAGCCUCACACUGUUUAAAAGGACUUUCAUUCAUUGUACAAACUGUGAAGUAUUUGCUCAGGUCAUAUCAUUUUCUGAUGUUUACAAGCCUCUUAUUCAUAGUGUUGCUUCCUGCUUUUGGCCCUGAUGGUGUUCCUCAUUCAUCUGUGUUUAUUCCUCUGCCUCUGAUAAUCUGUUGACCACUGGCUGUUUUUUCUUUGUAACUUCUUUUUUUGUCUUUUAACCUGUCUGCUUGGUUUAUAUUAAAAGCUGUGUACCUGUUUUCACCUGCA